GCUAACCAGCUUUCAUUUCAGCUCCUGUAGGCAUCUCCUGAAUUAAGCAACACAGAAAAGUCCUCUGAAGUUACUGAAUCCCAGAAAGGCUCUCUACCUUUAGCACAAGAGGAGUCUUCACCUCUGGACAAAGAAGGAACAAUAAGGGGGCACCAGACUAGGGUUUCUGAGCAUGGAUCCAACCAUCCCAGCCCUGGGUACAUCACAGACACCAAUCAAUGGACGUGAGGAGACUCCUUGCUACAAGCAGACCCUGAGCCUCACGGUACUGACGUGCAUCAUUUCCCUCGUGGGGCUGACAGGAAACGCGGUUGUGCUCUGGCUCCUGGGCUUCCGCAUGCGCAGGAACGCUGUCUCCACCUACAUCCUCAACCUGGCUGCGGCCGACUUCCUCUUCCUCAGCGGCCACAUUGUACGUUCGCCGUUACGCCUCAUCAGUAUCCGCCAUCCCGUCUCCAAAAUCCUCAAUCCUGUGAUGACCUUUCCCUACUUUAUAGGCCUGAGCAUGCUGAGCGCCAUCAGCACUGAGCGCUGCCUGUGCGUCCUGUGGCCCAUGUGGUACCGCUGCCGCCGCCCCAGACACCUGUCAGCGGUCGUGUGUGUCCUGCUCUGGGUCCUGUCCCUGCUGCGGAGCAUCCUAGAGUGGAUGUUCUGUGACUUCCUGUUUAGUGGUGCUGAUUCUGUUUGGUGUGAAACAUCAGAUUUCAUUACCAUUGCGUGGCUGAUUUUUUUAUGUGUGGUUCUCUGUGGGUCCAGCCUGGUCCUGCUGGUGAGGAUUCUCUGUGGAUCCCGGAAGAUGCCGUUGACCAGGCUGUACCUGACCAUCCUGCUCACAGUGCUGGUCUUCCUCCUCUGUGGCCUGCCCUUUGGCAUUCAGUGGGCCCUGUUUUCCAGGAUCCACCUGGAUUGGCAAGUCUUAUUUUGUCAUGUUCAUCUAAUUUCUGUUUUCCUGUCCUCUCUAAACAGUAGUGCCAACCCCAUCAUUUACUUCUUCGUGGGCUCCUUUAGGCAGCGUCAAAAUAGGCAGAACCUGAAGCUGGUUCUCCAGAGGGCUCUGCAGGACACGCCUGAGGUGGAUGAAGGUGGAGAGCGGCUUCCUGAGGAAACCCUGGAGCUGUCGGGAAGCAGAUCGGAGCGGUGAGGAAGAGCCUCUGCCCUCGAUGAGACUUUGAGAGCAAGGCUGCCCUGCCACUCUUGACAAUUAUAUGCAUUUUUCUUAGCCUUCUGCCUCAGAAAUGUUUCAGCGGUUCCUCAAGGUCUUCGAAUAGAUGUUUAUCUAACCUGACAGUUGCAGUUUUCACCCAUGGAAAGCAUUAGUCUGACAGUACAAUGUUUACAGUCUCCUUGAUGUUACCAACACAUUUUCCCUGUUAUCUUACACCAAAUCUUUCUUACUGAAUACUUUUCCUGAAAUUUUCAUUGUAAUAAAAGGAGUUCCUGUCCACAA